UCUCCUACACUAAUACAACUAUACAAGAAUCUUCACUUUUUCGUAAACUAAAGUCUCUUUUUCUCUUUCUUCCACCCUUCAUUCUGCAUUGGGGAAGUAACAAAGAGCAAGAAAGAGGGUGAACAUGUCUCUAUGGAAUUCACCUUCUUCAACAUCUCGAGUUCAGAGUCCUCAAAAUACCCCUAUAAUUCCUGCUAGCUGCUCUCCAAAACUCGUGAAACGAAUGCAACAAGAAACCUGUUACAAAUGUGAUCAACGAGGACAUUGGUCUUAUUACUGUCCUUACAAAUCCCCCAAAACUAAACCCAUCUCACCCUCACCCAAGCAAGAUUCCACAGUUUCCUACAAAAGGGCUCAUGGAUCUUGUGGGUACGGUGUGACUGAGGAUGAAUUGCUCAAUGGCAAUAGCAACAGCAUUGCUCGUUUAAAGCAAAGCAGGCAAAGAACUCUACAUGAUUUUUGGGAGGGAUGCCAAAGCCAAAAUGAUGGUUCGCAAGAACAGAUCAAAAGGAUGAGAAUCACAGACUGUUCUGAGAAUCCAAACAUUGAAGGUGCUAGUGCAACACAAAAUGCUGCCAAUGUGAAACGUGAUGGUUUUUCAGAAUUGGAGUCUGCUGCUGAUGAUAUAGAAUUCAUGAACUCAGUCUCAUGGGAAACUAUUGAGGCAGAAGCAAUUCUAUCAUUAUCUCUUCGACAAAUUAUGUUUCAGAAGCGCAUUUUCUCUGAUGAUUCAUUUGAAAUAGACAAGUCCAAGGAAAAUUCCCUUACUAUGGAUGAGCAGAAUAAUCUCUUUGAGGAGAACAAAAUGAGAUUUGCUCAACUCCAAGACGAGUAUGUCAAGACCGAAGCUUCACUUGAAGCAUCAAACCAGCAUAAGCAAUUGCUUUGUGAACAGGUCUCUGAUCUCAAGACCAUGCUUGAUGAAAAACAAAAUCAAUUAAAAUGUUGUGAGUUGGAGACCUUGAAGAUAGAGACUCGUCUUGGUGAUCUGAAAAGAAGAAUGUUGGAGACCCAUUUUACAUUGAAGGAAAGAGUUGAACAAACAGAAGAGGCAAGGAAACAAAGUGAAGAAAGACAAGCAAAGCUGCAGUGAAGACAACGUUAGAGAAGGUUAAACUUGAAUUAGAAAAUUAUCUGUUGAUGAAAAUCACAAAAUUUUAUCGAUUUUAUCUUUUGUAGUUUUUAAUAAAUUUUAACCAAUGUGUUAAGAGUGUGUUAAAAAAUGUGACGUUAAUGCUCCUUAAACAUAAAUGUAUUUUUAAGAUACUUUUAGUAAA